AGGGAGGAGAAGCUGCUGCGCUUAGAAUAAAACUCCAGCAGAGAGCCGCAGGUCUGCAGCUUCAGGGAGGAGAAGAAGAUCCAAAUGGAGGCCAGAGGAAAAUACGAUUUUUCCGGCACUUCGGAAAACGAGCUCAGCUUUAAAAAGGGCGACAUUCUCAAGAUUAUAAACCAUGAGGAUGAUUGGUGUAAGGCUGAGAUGAAUGGACAGGAAGGAUUCAUACCUAAGAACUACAUCGAUCUGCAGACUCCAGAUUGGUUUAAGGAGGACGCCAGUCGCAGCCAUGCAGAGGAUCUACUGAGGCACAAAACAGUCGGAGACUUUGUGAUCCGAGGAUGCCAGAGCUCCCCAGGAGACUUCUCCAUCUCUGUCAAACAUGAGAACCACGUCCAGCACUUCAAGGUGAUGAGAGACAAUGAGGGCCAGUACUUCCUGUGGUUGGAGAAGUUCCCCUCACUGAACAAACUGGUGGACUUCUACAAAACCAACUCCAUCUCCAAAACCAGACAGAUCUUCCUGUACGACGGCAGCUCAGCCGACCGGGAUGUCCUCCAAGUUUCUGAUCAGAGUAAUUCAAGUUCUGGAUCAGGAUAUCAGCAUCCUUCCACAUCUGUGAGUGACAUUUCCCACGGCUGUGGGAGUGAUGAAGUGGCAGAAAUGCCGUCACCUCUGCAACAACGAACCAGUCUAGGAAAUGGUUCAGAUCAGAGUGUUUCAAGUUUUCAGCCAAGAGAUCAGCAGGCUUCCAUAUCUAUAAGGCCAAGGUGCAUGAUAGACCAGUUUAACGAGGGCUUCAACUCCGGUGGAUUUCUCUGGGAGACGGUGAAGAAAAAUAGGAGGGUGUUCCAGAAGCUCUCCACAAAAAGAAAGCCACUGAGCAGGGAGGAGUUCAAGGCUCUUUACUAUGUGAAGUGGAGUAACGUAGACUCAGCUAAAAGAGCGGAAGAGGAAGAAACCAUGUUUUUAUUUGAGAGUAACCUCGUUACAAUCGCAGAAGGUGAAGCACCCAUCUCUUUUGAAGACAUUUUAGCGUUUUGGACCGGAGCCGAUGAAAUUCCCCUCCUCGGCUUCGCCAAACCACUGCAGGUGGACUUUUUUGAUACACAGUGCGGCGAGUGCUCUUAUCCAUACGCUUCAACAUCCUCCCUGACUCUGAGCCUUCCCACAUAUGUAAUAGAUGAGGAGAGCAUGAUGGCUCUUCUCACAGAAGCAAUCAGAAGAUCUAUUGGGUUUGGAAAUAUGUAAACAGCCUGAAUAUUAUGUUAAUACAAUUCACUCUGUAUGUUCUUUGCAAAAUAUUGUACCCUCCCCUAACCGUUAUUAAAGACAGUUUUAUUUAAGUACAUUUCAGGGGUUGAAGAAAUAUUGUUUGCAAAAUAGGAAAAUAAAUUCUCGUUAGUUUGGUUUUAGAAAAUGUUUUUCAAUUGAGACAGUAUGCUGUUACUUAAUAGAAGAAAUGAAAUCCAUCCUGGAUGGGGGAGGGGUAGUAGCAGUGUUUUUUGUUUUUUUUUGUUUUACUUCAUCGUUUGAUACAGUAAACCAUUUUUUUCGUACAUUUUUUUCCAGUAAACCAGGUUUUCAUAAAGGGAUCAACAAAAAUGUUCUAUUAAUGUGAGAAAAAUCAACUGGAUAAAAAUCUUACCUCUGCGACAGACUGCAGUAAAUAUUGGGGAAUAAUUAGACCUAAGAUAUCAAAACUUUGUUUUAAAAUUUAUAUAAAGAUAAUUAAAGUUAGUCCACAAAUGAAAAAAACAAGUGUCUGUUUCCAUCUGAAAACAGAAACCAAUAUCAGAUGCUUUCUUUCUUUAUAUUCCGGGACAUUGAGACCUACUGCUGUUGUGGCAGAUUUAAAGUUAAUGAUGAAAAAAUGCAGAAACGGUAAUCUGGAGUUUCAACAAGAGUCAUAUUCUUUCUAGAACUGUGCUGAAACCAUCAAAAAAUGACAAAUAUUUACUUUCAUUAUGAGUCCAUAAUGAAAUUUUAUGAU